AUGAUUAAUAAAAUUUAUAAUUGCUCCCGUAAGUUUUACGAGCACAAUGAAAAAUUAAAAUAUUUGCUGAAUAAAAAUGGAUUUGUAAACAUUUAUCAAGAUGUUUUACAGAAGAGCAUUUAUUUAGCUUACAAAAAUACAAAACACAACAAUUUCAAUAAAUACCCUAUAUUUUCAAGCACAGAAAGCAAAAGGCAUAAUAAUAGUAAAAAAAGAAGUUUAAAAACAAGAACCAUUUUAUUUGCCCAUCUAUUUGGGAUAUUUCUCCAUUCAAAUAAAGAUGAAAAUUUUGAAAAAAAGAACAUAGAUUUUAAAAAAAACAUAUCUGAUUUAAAGAUAAAUAUAAAUGAAGAUAUUAAAAAACAAAACGAAGUUAAUAAGAUAAAAAAUAGCGAAAUUUACACUGAUUCAUAUGAAGCACAUAAUAUAAAUAAAACAGAUAAAUUACCUGUUCUAAAGAGUAAUAAUGAACCAGAGGAUGAUAAAUAUGAAUAUUAUCAAGAAUUAAGUGAAUAUAGUAAUAUGCAAAUAUUUUCAAGUAAUAGUCAUCACGAAUUAGCAAAUGAAAUAUGUUCCAAUUUAGGAAUAAGUUUAGGUAGAGCUUAUGUCGGAAAAUAUAAUGAUGGAGAGAUAGCUCUUCAAAUAAUGGAUGAAGUUAGAGGAAGAGACAUUUAUAUAAUUCAUUCUACUCCAUCAGGUGGUAAAGAUGUUCAUUCUCGUUUAAUGGAAUUGUUUUUAUUUAUAUCAGCAUUAAGAAGAGCUUCUGCUAAAAAAGUAACAGCAGUUAUACCAUACUUGAAUUAUUCAAGACAAGCUAAACAUUUAGAUGAUUUUAAUUAUGUUCAUUCACUAGGGGCACCAGAAGUAGCUAUUUUGCUCCAAACUUGCGGAGUUGAUGCAAUUAUAUCUGUUGAUUUACAUAAUCCUAGAAUUGAAGGAUUUUCUACGGAAAAAGAUUUCCAACCUCCCCUUAUGAACAUUAACCCUCAAUCCUUGGCUGUACAAUAUUUUAAGAAAAAAAAUCUUCAAAACCCAGUUAUUGUUUCAAUUGACAACGGGGGUGGAGAAAGAACUAAGGAAUUUUGGAUCAGAAUGAAAAAGCAUUCCAUUAAUGCAGGAUUUACAACAGUUGUUUCUAGUACUGUCACUGAAAUGAAUACUAGAGAAGGUUAUCCAAGUAAUGAAUUAAAUGAGAACAAUUUUUCUAAUAAUGAAUGUAAGAACAUAAAUUAUCAGGAAAAAAAUCAAGAAAAUAAUGAUACAAAGAACUCUAUGAACUCAGAUGAAAUAAAUAAUAUCAAUAAAGAAAGAAAGAAUAAUGAUUUUGCAAACAGUUCAGAGAAUUUAGAAGUUAUGAAUAAAAAAAAUAGAAAUUCUUAUGAAAAAGAGAAAUUCACAAUAGUUGGGGAUAUUAAGGGAUGUGACUGUAUUUUAAUAGAUGAUAUUAUUGACACUGGUGAUAAAUCUCAAAAAGUUGCAGCUCUUUUAAAAAAUGCAGGAGCUAGAAAAAUAUAUCUAUAUGCCACUCAUGCUAUCUUAUCUGAUGGAUGCAUUGAAAAAAUUAAUGAUUCAUGUAUUGACGAAGUUGUAACCACAAAUACUAUACAUAUUCCAAGCAAUAUAUGUUGUGAGAAGCUACAUAUUUUGUCAGUUGCAAAAUUAGUAGCAGAGGGAAUUAAAAGAGCUCAUAAUGAACAAUCACAAAAUGCAUUAGAAGAUUUUUCCGAUGGGCAAGUAGAAAUGAAGGAAUAA